UUACAUGCUGCCAUUUUCUGUUCACGUAGGUGGACAUUUUUGUGAACUUCAGGGUUAUCCCAACCCUUAUAAUGGUAGGGUCCUGCACGCACGAAUCUCCUUCCUUUCUCUCAAAGAUCCGCAGCCAUGAGCAUGCUCAGGCUCCAGAAGCGACUGGCGUCCAGCGUUCUACGCUGUGGCAAGAAGAAGGUCUGGUUGGACCCAAACGAGACCAACGAGAUCGCUAACGCCAACUCUCGCCAGCAGAUCCGUAAACUGGUGAAGGAUGGUCUUAUCAUCCGCAAGCCCGUGACUGUGCACUCCCGUGCCCGCUGCCGCAAGAACACGCUGGCACGUCGCAAGGGUCGCCACAUGGGCAUCGGUAAGAGGAAGGGUACUGCCAACGCCCGUAUGCCAGAGAAGCUUUGCUGGAUGCGUCGCAUGAGGAUCCUGCGCCGUCUGCUGCGUCGCUACAGGGAGUCCAAGAAGAUUGACAGGCACAUGUACCAUAGCCUCUACCUGAGGGCCAAGGGUAACGUGUUCAAGAACAAGCGCAUUCUCAUGGAGCACAUCCACAAGCUGAAGGCCGACAAGGCUCGCAAGAAGCUCCUGGCUGACCAGGCCGAGGCUCGCCGGUCCAAGACCAGGGAGGCCCGUAAGCGCAGAGAGGAGCGCCUCCAGGCCAAAAAGGAAGAGAUCAUCAAGACCCUGUCCAAGGAAGAGGAGACCAAGAAGUGAGCCCUUUUUCAGCCCCAAUAAAAACCCACA